UUAUUAAAAUCAAUAUCUGAAUCUAUUGAACUAGUUAUUUGGAAUGAAUUGAAAAAUUGUAGAGCAUUUGAAGUUAUGGUUGGUGAAAGUACUGAUAUUUUCACAAAUUCACAUUUUAUUAUAUAUGUUAAGUAUUGCUAUAAGGGAAUUGUUAAAGUAUGCUAUCUUAGGCUUUUGCAAGUGGAAGAAUCAAAUGCUAUAACACUCUAUAAUGCUAUAAUUAAUCUUUUUGAUAAAAAUG